ACAACUUCUGUAUUUAUUUGGGGAGGUGGGGACGGGUGGAGGGUUUUCCCCCCCGGUUUCACCCUGAAACUUGUGAGUGGCGGAGAGAGGACGACUGGACGGGUCAGCAUGGCGUCCCCGAUGAGCGCCGCGUGCCGCCUCUUCUGGCCUGUUGCGCUGCUACUGAUGCUCAGCCCGUGCCCUGCUGCCGCGUCGUCUGCCAGAAGGUGUCACUCCAUCUACAAAGGUUUCGCUCAGUGUCUGAUGGCGCUGGGAGACAGUCUCGCCGACAGCGCCCGCAAGAACGAGGACACGCACGAGAUACACUCCAUCUGCAGGUCGUGGGAUGAGUUCCACGACUGCGCCAACGUGGCGAUGUCCGGCUGUCCCAACGAAGCCGCGGUCGUCUGGGAAUCCCUCCGCCAGGAAUCCAAGAAGAUGCAGUUCUCCGGAAACCUGUACGUCAUGUGCUCCAAGCGCGAGGACCACGCCGCCGCCUCGGUCUCCCCGCGCGGCUCGUUGGAGAUCAACCAGGAGUCUCUGAAGGGGCGCGCGGAUCACCCGGCAGACAUCGCCCCCCUCCUCGUGCUGCUGGCUCCCCUGCUGCUGCUGUUGUGUUGAAUGUCGCUCCCCUAAAGAAGCAAACGGGACUCAUGUGAAUAGAUAAUAACUUUGUGUGUGUUUUUGUUUUUCUCCCUCCUCCACGAGUCCGUAGACUUUCCACUUGGUUUUUUUCCCCCCUCUGCUCUGCCAGGGGUAGAAUAUUACUAACUGCAUGUUCAGAGGCCCGGCGGUGCUUUGGGCGAGGCGUCUUUAAACUGACGGCUGUUUCAUCUCCUCUCUGCCUUUUAAUUUGCCUCUCUGUUGGAAACUCACAACGGAGAUGCACAGCCAAUGACGACGCAUACGUAGUUAAACAGACAGCAGCCUCAUGACAUCUGUCUUUACCCCCCCCCCACACACACACAUCUAGUUUACCUCGUUCUUAAGGGACACAAGAACAUCCCGCUUGAUGAGGCUUUAAACUAAGUGAUGAAGACGCCUCGUGUCACGACCAGCUAAGCAUGCAUCAGCUUUACAGCGUGAAGCCGUUGCUAGUGAUGAACACCUCACGUCAACGGCUCGCUCGCUUGAUGAAGUCUUCAACUGGCGCACAUUUUGACUCCCGUGGGCUUCCCCUCGCUAAACGCAGCCGCGGUCCGAGCCCCCUUUUAUGGAAAUAAAAAAUAAGGAAAGAAACCUAAACGACACAUUUUGUCCUUGUAGUUCGGUUCACCGUGUUGACUUUUGUCAUUCAAUUCAAACAUUUCGCCCCAAAUGUUAAAAUUUGACACUUGGAAGCAAAGCAAGAGACGCACAGUGAAUGCACUUACAGCUAAAGACACCGUGACAUCUAAUCUCAUCCUGCUAGCUGUCAAAUAUACGUGAAGAAAUUAAAUAAUUCAAAAUAUCGGGGUGCUAAACUAAGCUAACACCGGCCAUCUUCAAUUAAAUGCACUUUGCGUUAGUGUUAGCUCACCAGUUGGAUAUCAGUCGGCAUAAACACUUCCUUUUAUAUCUCCAAAAGCUUCUGGUUGGGGUGUAAUGUCUCGACAACCCCAAAUUAGAUCAGUUCCCUCUUGAUCCCCCUGUGACUCCGACAGUAGAUAUCUAGAGCUCGAUGUAACACUUAUUAGGGAUCCCUCCCGAUCGGGUCUAAACAGGAAGCGGUUGCACAUUAAUAAGCCACCUGAGUACCAUGGAGGCCCGGGGGGGUUGGCGGCCCUGUCGUCACUGACCUCGUGCCUCGGUCUCUAGAGGCGGUGCAACGUGAGACAUCGCGGCAGAGAAGAAAAAAAGAUCGGAAGUGUGGCUACGUCUUACUCGAAGAUGAUAACUGUCGUCGCCGACGCGAUGCGACCCUCGUGAGGGGGAGAGGCGACGGCGGCAGGUCGUCGACACGCAGAGCGUCCGUCAGCUCGGCCUCUGACCGUUCGCUGAGCGCCUUCGUCCUCCGACGUCCGGGACGCCGCGCGAUGUUCGCUGGUCCGACGUUAGCUGAUGAAUGAAAGCGAAUCGCGUUCGCUGAUCGUUUAGCUGGGAAUGUAUUUCAAAAGGAUUUUGGAACUUCUUGUAUUGCUGCUCUAGAACGACUAUUUGUGUGCGUACGGGAAUAAAAAAGCAAUAUUGAUUGUUUCCUUAA